AUGGAGUGUGUGGAUCUUACCACCGCUGCUGCUAUAAGCGUGAGCGGUACUUCUACGAAAGAAUUACCUGUGAUUCAAAAAAGGCAAACAAUAACCACUUUAGACUCUUGGGCUGUCUACUGCUUCACCCUUCGAUAUCAACUCGGCCCGUCGAGAUCAACAGAUGACGUGAGCUAA